UACAGCAUCUGUUCACAGUCCAUAAGUCUUCACACACCAAAGUUAAACUUCAACUGCACCUAGCCCUGCAGCAUAUUUGGUCCGCUGGGUGGAGAGCCUUUACACAGAAUUUGUGGAACAAAUGCCUAAGCUGAAAAGCUGUCAAAGCUGUGCUUUUCUUGGCAGGACCUUGUGUAGAAAGGCUUAUAUAAUGGGGGAGCUAUGAUAAGAAAGAAGAAGGAAUAAGUUGUGCCAAAUUAGAUUGUUUGGGCUGGAUGCUGGGAUCCACCAUAAAUGGAAGUAAGAGAUUCUGUAAAAAAAACAAAAAACAACAAAAACAUUCAUUAGGUGGAAUGUGGGAGAGAUGAGUGAUUUAGAAACAUGAUGGCAAUGUCCCAGAGCUUCAGGACAGUAACGUUUUACCAGAGAUUUUACCAAUAGCCGUGGCGCAUCGCUGUCUUAUUUCAGAUAUGCACACUUUGACAAUCGAUGGAGAUACGGUUCAAACAAACUUGGAAAACAAUUUGCAAUUUAAUUAAAUUAUAUGUGAAAUCUGAAUGUUUUCAUGAUUAUUUGAUCUCAUCAAUCAUCAGAGAAAAGCUGAAACGCAACGAUUAAGACCAUAAGUGCUGUGUUUAUGCGGCUGAAAUCUAAGAGUUUUACGAAUUUAAGAUGUUGUUUUUAUACAUCUGCAGGGUCACAUUUUGCAGCACUGUUUCUCUAAAACCAUCACAGAUUUUAUUUGCUUGAUUUUCCUUUAAUUCAGAUUACUUUUCAAAUUGUUUAAGAUAACAUAGCUAAACUAUCGUGACUUAAAUUGCACGUGCGAUUAAGUCAGUUCAUACUGGUUAAAGAGGUACUACUAUAAUUAUAACGCUGCAAGGAAGAGUCAUGGGCACAUAGAAAUAUUUUCUGUUAUAUCAAGAAGUAUUUCAAGUAAAACAUUCUUCACUCUAGACCUGCAGCUACAAGUCUUGUUUUAACAGCAACACAAUACAAAGGAAGCAAAACUUCAACUGUUCUAACAAGUUCCUUCAAGGGCUGAACCAAUGUACUCCUAAAACAGAGAUGUAACUGAGUACAUGUGUACAGGUCACAGUUGCUCCCACACUUAUCCUGCACAUGUGCACCACUGUGGUAUUUAAGCAGCUUCUUCUGUAAUAUCACAGCAAAGAACUAUGAGAACAUUACUUAAUGCAACAGUACUCCAUACUUUCUGCACUGAGUCACUCUGUGUAAAGAGUGAAACUGUCUGCAUAAACCCAUUUAUGAUUAUUUAGACUAAUAUUUAUCUUUGCACUCGGGGGGGUUAGUUCAAAUUUCAUGGGCAGAUUGUUAAAUGAUCCAUAAAUACGGAAUAGCGUCCACAGAAAUUUGUGAAUUCCACACUUUUGUUGCCAAUGCACAUUCAGGCGAAUCCCAUUACUUUAAAAUCUGCAUCAUAUCCCCUUAAUUUAUUCUGUUUUAGAUGUUAGAAUUGUGAAGAUCCUUCAUUUAUAAUUCUUGUUUGAUUUUACACUUGAUUCAUUUAGCUUAUGCUCUACUUUUACCCAGAGUUCUUUGAGAAAUUGCCACAUAGAAAAGGCUGUUAGUGAUCAAAACUAACAUAAAAAAAAACCAAACAAAAAAAACAGGACAGCCCUCAUAAAUCCACCACUCUGCAUUGCCCACCCAGACUGACACGAGAUCUGCCAUAUGUAUUCGCCCAGCACUUUCCCUUUACCUCUAACGUAAUGUUUCAUUUUAAAGUAACGCCGGACCAAAUGACACGUGGCUAUAACAAAAAUAUUUGAAUGCUUAUGUAUAAACUGACACGCACAGACGCAAAAUCUACUUCUACUUUUACAAACACCAUAUCUGUGCUCCAGAUGUCACUGUGGACUGUGGUUAUAAAUAGUUAAUAUGACCCUUUGUAAGGCUUGUGUCCAUUUUGUUGAGACCGUACUUUUGUGCUUCAAUAGCCAGCUAGCUCAAUAGUCUGAAAAUCUACACUAAGUUAUUUUUUUUCUCUCUCUCUUUGUGGAGAGUGAAAAGAGAUUGGAGCAAUAAUCCAGCACGGAGCGAUGGAUUAAGGUGGUUUCCUGAGCUGUUUGUGCUCUAAGGGCAGUUUGAGAUUUCCUGUAAAAAAAAAAAAAAAAAGAUUUUUUUUGUUAUUUCAUUUCUUUCACAUUACUUUAACUUUUGAUGUAUUUCCAGUCCACACAGUAAAUAUUUUAUGAUUACCUCAGUUUUCUCAUGUAUCUUUGUUUGGCCAGUCUGCUUUCCUUUAGUAGCGUUAGAAUUUUUGUUUUGCCUCCCACUUCCAUGGUCUGCAGCCAAGCUUCCGUCACACAAUGUACUGUAACGGAUCAAGAUGUGCUUACAUAGUUGUAAACAUACGGACGGUGAUUUAAACAUUUUUCAAGUGAGGCAGGGGAGUGCAUGUGUGUGACUGUGCAGGGUGCUGGCUCUGACUGCCUCUUCUGUUUAACUAACAAAGAUCCUCAUGAGAAACCCUUCACAUUCUGAGAGCUUUCAGUCCUACCGAUUUAUGAUGCACAGCAAAGGUAAAAUUGUGCACCUCUGCAUGUCAUGCAGAAUUUGCGUCGGCAAAUCCUCAUUAUCAGUGCCAUUUUUCUGCUGUCUAGGAAGGAUGAGAUGCACAUCAUGUUAUCAUGAGUGCAAGAUGGAGGGUCAAAUAUAUAAUGAGAUCGCUUGUGGCCAUUUUUUCCACCUUGCCUGCAUACGAUUAAUCAUCGUGCAGGACUUUAACUUCCCAUUUAUUGUCAUAGCUAGCACCCAUCUUAACAACCAGAACAUAUACUGCUAAAUUAAUUGUCAAACUUAUGUCCUUUGUCAAGAACUAUGAGUAUAUUCUUCCUUUCCUAUGCAGAGGAGAGCCAAACCGAUAUCGAUCAUUAGUUUAAUUAAAAGGCCAGUUCCAAAUCACAGCUUUAGAGUCUGAAGAUCCACAGCUGAUUAAAAAUAAUGAGGACCAUCAUUCUUCUAUUUUACAGUUGCAAGGUACUGAUAUGGUGUUGUCAUUACUAAUAAUUAAAUGGAACCGCAGUUUGCGACAUUUGAUGAAAAAAAUACAGAUCUAUAGUUCAAAAACAAUCAAAUUAGGCCCAUCUACAGCUGAAACCACACUUUGCAAACACUAUAUAAAGAGACAUUAAUUGUUUUUCACACUGUCUGAUGUGAAAUCAGAAUAAACGUUUCUGCUUUUAGGUCAAUUAGGAUUACAGAGAGUUUUUCCCUAAAUGCUAAAUUCCAGAAAAUCAGAGAUAAUUUUUUGAGGUUAUUUUGAUUUAUUUCAUCAAAAGUCAAAAGUUUAAAUACACUUCAUUAGUAUGCCUUAGCCCUUAUACUGUAUGACUUUGGUCAAAUGUAUUUGCUUUCCUUCCACAAGCUUCUCAAAAUAGUUGGCAGGAAUUUUGGCCCAUUUCUCCUGACAGAACUGGUGUAUCUGAACCUUGUUUGUAUGCUGACUGGGUCACACAUGCAUUUUCAGCUUUGCCCAUUAAGGCUUGAUAGGAUUCAGAUCCAGUCUUUGUGAUGGUCUCUACAAAACAGUGACUCCUAGCAUCACUCUGGAAAAUGAUAUUAAGGCAUUUAGAUUUAAAUUAGGCUAUUCAAUUUGAGGAUAGCAAGGGACAAAGAUAAAAGAAAUGGGAAUAAAGCUUGAAAAUCAGAAGGGUUGUUGUUCCAGCAGAACCGUGACCAGAAAAUGGCUGGUUGCCACAAAGAUUUUAAAGGCAUCCAGAACAAAAUGGUCCCAAAAUCAUGGUAGCAAAAAAAACAAACAAAAAAAAAAAACAAGUCCUGUGGGGGAAAAAAAUGGUGCAAUGCAAAAAACAGCAACUCAAAAAUAUGAAUGAAGUGCACAUGAACAAUAGCGUUCAUAUUUGUAAUAUGUAAAGAGAAGCUACUCAAUGUAAUGUGUGUGUUCACUUGAGUUCUUAUAAGAAUAUCGUCAAGCAAUUAAUGAAAUGUAAUUUGUUGCUUUACGGUGUUGAAGUUAUAUAACAUAAUGCCCUUAAGAUUUUGUCAUUUCUUUAUCUUUAGAAUACAAAAAAAUCAAGUGAAAAUGUCCAAUUUAAUCUAAAAAUAAAAUAGUUGCUUCUCAUCUUGACUUUGAUUCCACAUCAAUCCAGAUGCCAAGCCGUUUUAGGGCAACAUAUUAUUGUUUAAUGCACAGGAGUGCAAUGUUUUAUUUUGUUUUAGGUUUUUGAUGUGACUUUACCUAAUUAUGCCCAUCUUUUCUUUUCUUCCUGUCACAGAUCAAUUUUCAUACUAAAUAAAUCCCAGGGUUAUAUCUCAUGCUCAUUCUUAAAAUGCUCACCCCUCAACCCACCAUAUUGUGUUUUCUCUGAAUCUAUCCCCCUGCUUUAUGCUUUGCUAUAUAAAAUAUUUCUCUGAUAUUUUAGUUAGCUUUGUUUGUAGGAUGUAAAGAUGUUGAAUUUAGGAUUACAAUCAGAGACACCUCCACUGUAAAAAGUUGAAGUAUUUUAUUAUGAGUGGCUUUCGGUGUCAUUUCAAGGAGGGCAUUACUGUCCACUGAUAUUUCAUUAAAUCAGGUCCUUAGUACCUCUAGAGGGAUCAGAAAUAAGUUCUCCUCCCAAGCCCAGCAGCUAUCCACACAGGCAUGAGGAUAUUUGCAUGGAUUCCUGAUAAAUCUUCCCUGAUCUAUCCCAUUAUGACAUCUGCAGAUGUGUGUAACCACUUUCUAUGUGACCUUUCAUAACUUUUAUCAACCUCCUUAUCACAUAUGAGUUCAGAUCUGGCUUAAGUAACUCAAUCAUUACAGUUGUCUCGCAUUUAAAGUCAAGAAAGAAAGGCCUUGAGAAAAAACAGACAAACAAAAAUUUAACUUAAUGCUGUAUUUUUCAUAGGUUUGGAACUUUUAGGUUUUGAUAAUGGUGUGUUUUUAGUUUUGCGUUACAGAGCAAACUACAUUUAUAUCCUUGAAACUCCUAGCACUGAGCCAGGCUUUGUGGGCACCGUACAGCCCUCUCCAUUAGGGAACUGGUCCUUACAUAGCAGACCACACACACUCUGCAGGUAACCUCAAACAUCUUUGGGGUGACUCCUGUUAUAGAAAUGUAUGAUUUUAAAUGCCAAUACUAAUGCAUGUGUAAUGUAUUAUGUAUAAAAAUAAAAUGUCUUUAAAUAAAACUUUCAAAAAUAUCCCCCUCCCUGUUUGAGGCACGGAGGAAGAUUAUUGAAGCACUUUUAGGCAGCUACUGUUGCUUUUGGGUUUCAAAGCCAUACAUUUAACACCUGUUUCUGUUCUACAGGAGGAGCUUUUAUGCUAGCGAUGGAUUGACAUAAAAUGAAGACAAAUGAGGACGUGUGUGUAAACACAAGCACUUCUAUGGAAACCCUACCUUUUUGAGGAAAUGGUUCCCUGGCUUCCUUUUCCACAUGCCUGCUGCUCCACUUCUGAGUCAGCAUGCCUCUAAAACACAACAAACAUUGGAGCCACACACACAGCGACUACAGCUACAGGCCCCACAACUUGCCCCUGACUGACAACUUUGGGAAAAGAUCCGUCAGGACAUUUGUGGACUUCAGGCACACAAACAUGCCUGAAGGUCUGGACAUAAAAGGUUUCCCACUGUUGUGUUUAAUCAACUUGACAUGUGUCUCGAAAGUCAAAGUAGUUAGCUUCCUUGUGGGCUUGGUGCUGAUGUUUCUCAUCAUGGCUUCGUACCUCCUGAUGUGGGACAGAAAAGGACUUCUGCUCUCUGCGUUCCCCCAUCCUUUCAGGCCCGUGGUUAUCAUGACCGGUGCAACAACUGCUGAAGACUCUCUUGACAGGAGCUUUAUAGAUGUGAAAACGCUGGUAAAGAUGAUCAACUCCAAUGAGAAGAACACGUCCAGGAAGGUACCUGACGAAAAGGACGUCAUCAACACAGACCCACGUUUCUUUUCAGUGAUUCCUCGCCAUUUCCUGCCCCACGUCAAGAGCCCAUGCUGGUACGAGGAGCUCUCCGGUGAUCUUGGCACGGACCCGUACAAGAACAACCGCUUCAGUCUCCGCUCCAAGAGUUUCAAGAACGUGUGCGACCACAUGAGAGCCAGGUUCCACCAGAAUGUGUGCGACAUAGACGGGAAACGCUUUCGCCUGCGCUGCUUGCCGUACUUUUACAUCAUCGGUCAGCCAAAGUGUGGCACGACAGACUUGUUUCACAGACUCUUGAUGCUUCCAGAGCUUAAAUUUAACACCAUAAAGGAGCCACACUGGUGGACCAGGAAACGCUUCGGUUAUAUCCGUUUCAAAAAAGGCUUCCAGGAGCGUUUUCCGAUAGAGGAUUACCUGGAUCUGUUUGACUUGGCAGCCAUCAACAUCCAAGUAGGAAUCAGUGGGAAUUCAUCUGGAGAGCACUGUGCAAAUGAGAUCAUAACAGGGGAAGCCAGCGCAUCGACUAUGUGGGAUAAUCAAGCCUGGAGUUAUCUCCGUGGAAACGAGGAGCAGACAGAACCUCCGUUCCUAGCUCAGGACUUCAUCCAUGCAGUACAGCCUGGCGCCAAGAUCAUCAUAAUGCUUAGGGAUCCAGUUGAGAGGCUUUACUCCGACUACUUGUACUUUACCUUGGCCAAUAAGUCUGCAGAGGAUUUUCAUCAGAAGGUGGUUGAGUGUGUCCAGUUGUUUCAGUCCUGUCUCUCUGAGAGGUCACUGCGAUCAUGCGUCUACAACACCAACCUUUUCAACGUCAUGCCGGUAAGACUGACACUGGGAAUGUACUUUGUUUUUGUCCUGGACUGGCUGACUGUUUUCCAAAGAGAGCAGAUUCUAGUUCUUCGACUGGAGGACUACGCAGCCAACCUCAGAAAAACUCUCAAGACAGUUUUAGAUUUUCUCGGUGUGGGCCCGCUGUCAGAGCAAGUGGAGGCGUCGCUGACCAAACGUCCAAUGUCCAAUACGCGCCGGGCGAAAGACAGGAUCCUUGGUCCCAUGCUGCCAGCAACCAGGAUCCUCCUCAGUCAGUUUUACCAGCCAUUUAACAGUAAACUGGCCAGCAUUUUGAACAAAAAGGCUUUCCUCUGGAGUUUCAGCUGAAGCAGCCUGAGCAGGAAUGGAACCGAAUGGAGUUGAGAGAUCAGAGAGAAAUGUGACAGCAGGCUGCAAUGAAACGCCUGAAGUGAAUCUACAGUGAAAGUACUGAUGCUCACGGCUCUUUGAAAGCAGGACACUUCAAGUCAAUAUGAAAAUGAAGUAAACAAACUCUCAUUUCACAAAGUGCAUUCUUAAGAGUCCGUGCAACAACAUGCCUGAAUAGUUUCCACCUAAUUUAUAACUGAGAAGAACGAGUUAAGUGUCUUGUGCUGUAAUAGUUUGUUUUGAACAUGUACAAAUAAACAGAAUUUGUUUCGGUUUGUUUAUUUCUGUCACAUUUGGUUUUAGGUUUGAAAAAAGCCUAACAUCAAAAAAACAAUUCAGGGGAUUGUAAUUAAAAAAAUCUGAUUCUCA